UCCAAGUCUGCUAAGUAUCAAAAUAACAUAGACUAGUAUUCAAAACAUCACAAACUAGUAUUCAUAUAGCAGAUACUAACUAAUAUCCACAAUCAACCAACUAGUAUUCAAUAUGGAUACUUUUAUGGGUUAUCUGGAUACUCUUAUGUGUUAUCUGGUUACUAAUUAUGUGCUGUUUGGAUAAUAUUCUGUGUUGUCUAGAUAUUAGUUUGUGAAUUUGGGAUAAUAGUUGAUUCAUGGUGGAUAUGAGUUAGCAAAUUUUAAAUACUAAUCUGUGCUCACUAAAUACUUUAGUACUUGGAUAUUAACUCAUGUAUUUUGGAUAUCAGUUAGUAUCUGCUAACGAAUAUUCAAGUUAGCAUAUUAACUUUCCCCGAGAAGACCGGCCGAGAGAAGAAAGAGUACUCUUCUUCAUCAAGUGGAGGAGUCAAUAUAUUCAUAAUUAGAGCUAGAUUUCGAUAUAGCUAGGUUUUUUUUCCCCCUCUAUAUAACAACAACAAAGGAAAUGAGAUUGAUGUCGUUGUCGAUAGAGAAAUGGGUCGAGGGAAAGUGGUGCUGAAGCGGAUCGAGAACAGGGUGAAUCGACAGGUGACUUUCUCCAAGCGAAGGAAUGGGCUGUUGAAGAAGGCCUCUGAGCUCUCUGUUCUCUGUGACGCCGAGGUCGCCCUCAUCGUCUUCUCCAGCCGCGGCAAGCUCUCCGAGUUCGGCUCCUCUGGGGUGAGCAAAACCCUUGUGCGAUACAGGCAGUGCAACUACAACAACAAUGCUGAAGGGGGAAACCCUUCUGCUGCUGACACUGGAACAUCCUUACAGAACUUGUGCGUAGAGGUUUCCAAGUUGAACGAGAAAUGUGAAUCGCUGCAACGUUCUCAUAGGCAUUUCCAUGGAGAGGAUAUUGGAACACUGGGGGUGAAAGAGUUGCUCAAGAUCGAGAGGAAGCUGGACAGGGCUCUCUCCCGAGCUAGGCAAAAAAAGACACAAGUGCUGUUGCAAAGGCUGGAAGACCUGCGGAAAAUGGAGCAUGAUCUUGGCGAAGAGAAUAAACAGCUGCAGAAUGAGCUAAAGGAAGGGCAAUGUCAUCAAUCAGUUGGUGGAGGUGAUCAUCAUCAUGAUCACGGAGGAGGAGGAGGAGGAGGAGUUGUUGGACCUACCAGGAAGAGCAAGAUAGCCAAAAACAAGCACAUAAUGGUACAUCCACCAACAGCAGCAUAUGCAGCAGCAGCUCCCACUUUCUAAGAGGACCUGGUACUAAUUUGUCAACUUUCCCAGAAGCUAUGUAUCUACUAUCCCUUCUUCAUGAUCACGGGUUUAAGCUUUUUUUUCUUUGCUAAUCUCUUGUGAGAUAACGUGAUCUCAGGUGGCUCCGGUUGCUGCUGAUGAGAAGGAAGCAUACAGCUGCUGUAGCUGGCGGAUGCAACCGUAGGAACAUGCUUGGCGUCUUUCAUUUGAUGGAUAUAUGAUUAAAGUAUAGCAGUAAGCAGACGUGGCGCGCAUAUAUGCAGCUAGGCCAAGCUCUCUUGGUCCAUAUAUUAAUGUUAAACCUAGCUAGAUAUGGGAAAACUGAAAAGACGAUGAACCAUAUAUAUAUAUAUAUAUAUAUAUAUAUAACUGUUAAUUGAAUAAUUAAGGUUCCUGUAAGUAAUGUUUAUAUGUGGAAACCGAUAAUAAGCACAAUAUGAUGGAUAUAUGUGUAUCCCAUGAAUGCAGUAAUGAAUCUUAUGUACUAUGUGAAUCAUAUGUUGUGGUUGACAUUUAAGGGCCUUUAUUAGUUGAGACAUGUUUGUACACGAAUCUUCAUGUAAUAUGGCAACGAAAACUAAUCUCGUUGGUUUCUAGCAUUCGCACUCAUAUGCUGUACGUACUCAUGCAAUCCCUUUUUAUUUGUAAGGUGGCUACUAAUAAAGUGAUAGUCAUCGACUCAUCGUGGCAACUUAUAUCUCAUUUCUCAUAAUUUUUAUGCUCACCGUCGUGAUUGAUUAAGAGUAAUUUUGAAAAAUGAUAAUAACUGCAUUUCAUUACUCUCCUUAAAAUAUGACUUUUCGUAUAUAUCAGUUAUCACCCCAGAUCUUUAUAAACAAAAAAAUAUUCCUCCUCCCCUCUGCAUUGGUAGGCCUUGACUUCAAGCUAGGGGUGGGCAUACGGUUCGGUAAACCCGAACCGAACCCGAGUACAACCGAACCGAAACCGAAUUAUUACUCUUCGGUUCGAAAUUCGGAAUACAAAAGGCCAUAGUUC